AUGACCAAACAGUCGCGUUCUCCAUUGGUAUCAGAGGAAGUCAUGGACGACGUCGACGUAGGAGUAGGAGACAUAUUCAACGAAAGCUCGAGUGUCGAGCCAACAAUCCACCCAGAACCGAUACCAGUUCCUAAGUCGGUGGUUUCCGAAAUAGAUUUAUUCCCGAAGGAGGAUCUAGUAAGAGAACUCCAAAUAGACCUCUCCUUAAGUGACAUCAGGAAGCUUGCUGUGUCGGGAGAAGAAGCCCUUAAAGAAUUAAUUUUGAUCCUCAAUACUGUACUCGACAGAGUUCCAGCUCUGGGCGGGGAGCAGCGCGCUGAGCUGCGACGCAUCAAGCAGCAGAUCUUUCCCUACCGAGACCCCGACGAGGACCUGGACUGGUCCUUGGCUUUCCAUAAAUCCAUGUACUACCAGUUCUACACCAAGAUGCCCACCGCCUGCCUUGAGGUGGGCAUCCUCGAAGUGUGGGGCUACGACACCGCCGUCAUCCAAGCUCUCACUGACGACGACGUCUUGAACGACAUCAACACUGUCAAUAUAAGCGCGACGUUCUCUUACCCAAUGAACUUCACGGAUUUUCUGGGAGGGAUAGUGAAGAACGCGUCGGGUUAUAUCACAGGGGCGAGGACGGCGCUCACUAUGCUUGUGAUGCAGACCACCAGGUCCAGAGGAAGCAGUAUGCCAGCCAACAGUGCUGGACUAUCAGAGGAGGUAGAUAUGGAACUCUUCGCUUGGGAAGGGAAGUACAUCCAGUUCCUCAACAACAACACAAACAGACCUCAAGGUCUCCAGGUCUUUUUCCAGUCUCAGCGCAGCUUUGGAGAGAUCAGCGGAGACACCAUCCUGGGAGACGUAACCUUCCUAAUCCUGGGCAACGUUACUCUCUUUGUCUACGUGCAGCUGAUGUUGGGCAAGUUUAACAUGGUGGAGAACAGGCCUCUGUUAUCACUGCUGGGAUUGCUGUCCACCUUUAUGGCAGUGGGUGUGUCUUUCGGGCUGUGCUCAGCGAUGGGUCUGCUCUACGGUCCUGUCCACACCAUCCUGCCGCUCCUCAUGCUGGGCCUGGGUGUCGACGACAUGUUUGUUAUCGUCCAGUGUUGGCACAACCUCACGCCGCAGAUAAGAUAA